AUGAGUUUUUCCAUAGCUGACAAAGAGCAUUUCCUUAAGCCAAGUUCUGCCAUCAGAUCAACUGACCUUUGGUUCCUUAUUAAGAUGACUGGUGAGAUGAAGGAUUGUGGGACGAAGACUGAGCAUUUAUGCUGCACAAGUCUCUGCAGGAAAAUAAAUUGACAGAGAGAUAGAUCCUCUGAGGUAAGAUGGAAGCAAGCCCACAGCUCAUCAGACUUCAUGGAUGAGAUGCAAUUGAUUGUUCGAAAGUCUUUAUUAAAGAGCUCAUAA